ACGAGCACUGUGUUCAAAAAAUUUACUACUGCAUUCGAUUGUCAAUUUGUCAUGCGCCGCCGCGCCUGCUGCACGACGGUAGCAUUGGUGCGAGCGAUACAGUAGUAGGAGCAUUUCUUUUUUGAUAGGAAGGAGGCUUCACGUGGGGUGUAGCCAGCCGGGGUAGGUAACUGCAACCGGAGUCUAUGUCUAUCUAUCUACCGCAUCGCCUGCGUCUGGGCCUGAAACGGCGAACAACGACUCCAUCUGACUAUAUCUAACAUAUCUACAUAGGCAGCGUGACCCCCUUGCUGAGCUGCAAACUGAAUGGGCUACGGUCGAACCCCAUUUCGCUUCAACGUAUACUUGCGAUCUAUACAGUUUCAGUCUAAAAUUUGAGUCAAUUUCAUUGGUUUUCUUUUGAACACAAGUCAAUUUCAUUGUUAAGUGCCCUCGCAAAAUAAAAAUCAUUGUUAAGUAGGGCCAUUAGGACGACAUCUAAAAACUUUAUUUUAAACAUCAAUUUGUGGUUGGAGAUAUGGUAUUUGCACAUUGUUCCGCCUCGUAAUUUCCUGUAAAAAAAUAUAUAUUUUUGCACCAGAGGCACAACAAAAGCUUUGAGUGCAUGUGAUACUUUCUCAUAGAUAUUUUGGUUAAUUAUUAGUAGAUGUGUAGAAACGGAUACCCAUCUGUGUCGCCCGCAAAAAAAAAGGCUACCCAUUUGUGUAACUGAACCAAAAUAGUAUGCAUAUUUUAGAACAAAAUAGUAUGGAUACUAAUAAAGGGGCAGUUGGUAGCCGGAUCUUACUGGUUAAUUUUCCUCAUCGGUUAAUUUUCGUCACCGGUACCUGGUUAAUUUUUCGUCCACCUCUGGUUAUUUUUCAUCUCCCAACGCUCGCAAACAUCAGAAACAGCGCAUCGCUACCCUAUCGUCAAAAAACCCUAUCGCAUCGCUACCCCUAUCACGCCGCCGCCGUCCUCAACCGCCUCCCAUCGCCUCUGAUUGCCUCCGCCGUCAACUAAGUGAACCAACGCCGUCCUCAACCGCCUCCUUCGUGAAUCGCCGCCGUCGUCAAUCGCCUCCGUCGAUAACUACCACCGCCGUCGUGAAACAGCGCCGUCGUCAACUAAGUUUUUCGUCGUCAACCGCCGCCAACCGUCAACCGCCGUCGUCGUCUACCGCCACCGUCAUCAACCGGUGUCGCCGUCACCGACGGCGUACUUGAUCGCCGUCGUAGCAGCAGCCGUACUUGAACUAGGUAUAUUUCAGAUUUUCUCUAACUAAUCUAGGUAUUUGUACAACCCUAUGUACGUUCUUUGUCCGAAUACAUCUGAGCCAGAUCUACAUAUGGUGUCGGAUCUACAAAAUUUCAUACACAAAUACAUGCCUCAAAUCUGCCUUGCACUACAUAUAGACGUUUUACAAGCGCGGAUGCAUCUGGAAAUUUCUUCAUCUCUUCAAAGUGUACUCUGCAUAGAACAAAUGACGACUUCCUUUAUGAAUAGCAGAUCUGUUUUCAAAAUAGUUUUCAUCGAUAAAACAACUACAAGGAGAAAGCUUCCUAAAUCUACAGCUUUUUAGCAGGCAACACUGAUCUGGUUGAGUUUACCACUCUUAAGCAUGCAUUCAUUAUAGGUAUGGGGAUUUCAAAAAGCAAGGCUAUUGAAGGUGACAAAGUAUCAGAUGUAGCUACAGGUAUGGUGAAUUCAAAAAGCAAGGCUACUGAAGAUGAUAAAGUUUCAUAUGUAGCUACACGUACAUGCUACGCUAUGAAGUUUACCUACAGGUGUAUGCAUUGGAAUCAACUUUCAUAAUUUAUGCCGCUAAGAUCCCGAACUUGAUUCACACAUCAAUACCAUAAACUAAACGGAGACAAAAAUGCAGAUGUGGCAAAUGUUGAUGACGAUGCUGAUCAAAUUAAUAUAGAUGUGGCAAAUGUUGAUGAAUACAACGCAAAUGGCAUAGCCGUAGAUGACAAUGAUGACAAUGAAUGCUCUACUGGACCAGGUGUGGGGAAUUCAAAAGGCAAGGCUACUGAAGAUGACAAAGUUUCAGAUGUAGCUACAGGAGGAGCUGUCUUGGAUAAUAGCAAAGAAACAAGACAAAUACCUCCAAUUGGCCGCAAAAAGACAUUGACUAACGAACAAAGGGAUCGUAUAAACGCAAAGAGGCGGGCUUCUUAUCGGAAGAAGAAAGAUAUGCUUAACCCAAACGAGAAGACAACUCACCAAACGACGACAGGUAAGAUUGUGAUAUGUUUCGUCAUUCUUUUUAGUAUGAAAAUGUGCUGCCUUAUUCUGGAAUGCUAACUCUCAUGUCACAAUCCUCUUUAAUGAUAUCACGAAUGUUCAUCAACCUUGCCAUGUGAUACCAGGUACACUUUUUGAAAACAAGCUAUGGGUUUUCUUAUGUAAGUUGUUGAUGGAUGAUAAAAAUUUAUGUUUCAUCUUUAUGAUAGCACUACAUGCGUUAUUUUUCGUAUGACACCAGGAGCUGACAUGUAAAGUAUUAAACAAACAAGGCAGACACCGGCAAUUGGACGCAAUGAAAUGUUGAGUGACAAAAAAAUAAGCUUAUAACCUCAAACAUGCAAGCUUGUUGUGAUGCAUCGUUGUCGUUAUCAUGUACCCUUAAUCAAGAUGAAAAUGUGGAUCCCCUUACGAUAUCAGGAGGAGCUGUCUUGAAUAAUAGCAAAGAAACAAGACAAAUACCUCCAAUUGUCCGCAAAAACACCUUGACUGAAGAACAAAGGGAACAUAUAAAUGCAAAGAGGCGGGCUUUUUAUCGGAAGAAAAAAGAUAUGCUUAACCCAGACGAGAAGACAACUCACCAAACGACGACAAGGCUCUUUAAUGAUAUCACGAAUGUUCAUCAACCUUGCCAUGUGAUACGAAGUACACUUUUUGAAAACAAGCUAUGGGUUUUCUUAUGUAGGUUGUUGAUGGACGAUAAAAAUUUAUGUUUCAUCUUUAUGAUAGUACCACAUACGUUAAUUUUCGUAUGACACCAGGAGCUGACAUGGAAAAUAUUAAACAAGCAAGGCAGACACCGCCAAUUGGACGCAAUGAAAUGUUGAGUGACAAAAAAAUAAGCUUAUAACCUCAAACAUGCAAGCUUGUUAUGAUGCAUCGUUGUCAUUAUCAUGUACCCUUAAUCAAGAUGAAAAUGUGGAUCCCCUUACAAUAUCAGAAGCUGUCUUGAAUAACAUCAAGGAAACAAGGCAGAUACCUCCAGUUGGGCUCAAAAAAAUUGACGGACGAACAAAGAGAGCAGAUAAACGCAAAGAGGCGGGCUUUUUAUCGAAAGAAAAGAGAUAUGCUUAUAGAAGAUGAAAAUCUUGCUCCACAUACAAUGACAACUAGCUGCGGUGUUACAUCAUCCUCACAUGACGAUGCAGCGUUGUCAUUAUCAACUACACUCAAUCGUUAUGAAAAUGUGCCUCCCCUUACUAUAUCAGGGGUUGUCUUGGAUAACACCAAAGAAAUUAGGCUAAUACGUCCAGGUGGAUGCAAUAAAAACUUGACUGUCGAAAAAAGGGAGCAGAUAAAUGCAAAAAGACGGGCUUCUUAUCAGAAGAAAAGAGAGAUGCUUAUCGAAGAUGAAAAACUUACUCUCCAUACGAUAUCAAGUAAGAUUGUACUAACAUCUAUUUACUUCCGAAGUCCCAAAUGUUUAACAACGCCCGCUCUAUAUCUUGUAAAUAAUGAAUUGAUGAACAUGUCAUCUCACUUGAUGAUGCAACAUCGCGUUCUUCAGCUACACUAAAGAAUGAUGAAAAUCUGACACCCCUUACGGUAUCAGGUAAUGUUAUACCAUGCUAUAUGUUUCCUGACAAUGAUUUACCGUACUUUGACUAUAUGUCACUUCCUUCAUUAUAUUUGAAAAAUAAAUUGAGAUGAAUGAUGACAUAUUAUUGUUGAACCAAACAACCCAAUUAGCUCCAGCUAUACAUCCUUGUCAAUUGAUGAUGCAAUGUUUCGUGCUUCAAACACACUCACAUGUGAUGACAUUCAUGAGAAAUAUCUAGCUCGCCAUAUACUACAUUCUUCCAUUACACCGGAAGUUGUGUUCAAUAACACCAGUGAUUUUGAAUCAGCAAACCCUACUAACUACAAGAUUGCAUCAUUAUUGACUGAUGAUGAAACUUUGCCUCCAUCAAGUUCACAAUAUGAUAGCGUUCGUCAUAAAACCCUAGCCAAGAGGACUUACGAUAAAGAGCGCAAUUCUAAAUUAACAAUCGAGCAGAAGGAUCAGGAUAACGCAAGGAGACGAGCUGGUAAACAGAAGAAACGGGAAGAGGGCACAAUCAAUGUUCAAGAGCAAAAUCAGAGGCAAUGAGAGACACGCAUGGAGCGCCGGAAAAUUAUGACUUCCGAUGAGAAGGUGCAGUCAAGUGCAAAGAGAAAGGGAAAUUACCAUAGAAUGAAAAACACCCCAUCCAUAGAAUCUAUCGCAAUGCCACGGCCAGAUGUUCUGGCUCGAUCUGAUUCCGCCCCAUCAAUGACCAUCCCGUCUUACACUGUGGGAACCGAUGGUAAAAAUUUGUUAUUGUCACAAUCUUUAGAACAAAAUUUCGCUUUACCCUCUUUUGCUUACUAUCUCUACGAUGUUGCAGAAGAUAUGGGGGCAUUCAUAAGCACCAUCGUGGACGAUGAUACGAUAUCAUCCGCCUUCAUGGAUAAUGAGUAUUAUCUGUUUGGCUCGCAAGGUAUCGUCUAUGGUGAAUUAGGAGAUAGUUUGACUUAUUUGAAAUAUCUGUUUAUGCUGCUCUAAGUGCGGUGUUUGAACAAAUGCAAAUAGGAUCCGAUGAUGAUAGCCAUGAUGGAGAUGAAGUCACGAACAUGUCUAGCGCUGAGUCUGUUGACAUUGAUCCAUUCGACUUUGUCUACUCAAACCUCCCAGAUAGAACACACAUCCUGAAGCACGCCAAGAAUUGCGACCACUGCAAGGCCAAGAAGUUUGAGUCUGAGACCGACGGUUUCUGUUGUCGCAAUGGGAAGAUUGAGCUCAAGGAACCAGAUCCCAUCCCCGAGCUAAUGAGGCUUUGGUCCAGCAUGGAUGCAGACUCUAGACACUUUCGGGAAAACAUACGAUUCUUUAAUGGACACUUUGCAUUCACAACCCUUGGCGUCAACCUCGAUGAAAACUACACAAACAUGAAGUUUGGUGUGUACACUUUCCGGGCGCACGGCACCAUCUACCACAACGUGCAUUCCUUCGGGCCAAGCUCACGUCCAGAACAUCUCCAGCUGUACUUCUAUGAUGACGACCCAAACCUGACCCAUCGCAAGGCUGCCACCAAACAAUUGGACCAGAAUGUCGUCAAGGUGUUAGUGGACAUACUCCGUGCAAACCCGUACUCACAACAAUUUAGGAGUUUGGGUGCACACAAGGAUCACCUCGAUGAUUACAGGAUAGACCUCAACACUGACCAGAGGCUUGACCAACGGAGAUAUAAUAGGCCAGUGUCAUCAGAGGUAGCUGCAAUCUGGGUCGAGGGCGCCGACCUAGCGAAAAGGUUUGAUCGUAGCAUUACACUUUUCGGUAAUGAUAAUCAGAGGCACAGUAUAGGUGUCACUGAUGGCUCUUACGACCCGUUGUCCUAUCCCCUAUUCUACCCUUGUGGGGAGCUCGGUUGGCAUCCAAAACUGCCUAAACGUAAUGUCCCUUGGGAGGUUGUACAGCAACCAAGAAGGUGGCAUGAUAAUGAGGAGGAUGCAGGUAGCCCUUUUAUUUAUUAUGUUAUUAUGAAAAUAAUAUAAGGCUCAUAUGUAUACUAACUAAAGUUGCUACAUUACCUGUUGCAGAGGGUAAUAGCAGGUUAUGCGUGUCCGUGAGAGACUACUACUGUUACAGACUGCAGACACGAACUGCUAUAUUCAAUCCCAUACUUUGUGGAGCACGAUUGCUCCAGCAAUGGGGGGUCGACAUGUACAUCAAGAUAGAGAGUUGUAGGUUGAGAUGGUACAGAAAGAACCAAACAAAGAUCCGUGCCGACCUUUAUAAAGGAGUUGAUGCUAUCACUUCUGGGGAGACAAGAGCGAGCGCUGUCGGAGUAAGGAUAGUGCUCCCUGGAACGUACCCUGGUGGCGACCGUGACAUGAAACGGAGGCAUAUGGAUGCCAUGUCAAUUUUCCAUACAUACGGGAAGCCUGACAUCUUCUUGACCAUGACCUGCAACCCUAAAUGGGAAGAGAUAUCGAACGAUCUGCUUCCUGGUCAGACAGCAUAGGACCGACCUGACCUUGUGGCUCGCGUGUUUUAUGGCAAGCUAGAGGCUAUGAAAGGGUUGUUGUUCAAGAAGCAUAUCCUGGGUGUUGUUGUUGCGUAUAUAUGCGUAGUCGAGUUCCAAAAAAGAGGCCUCCCCCACGCACACUUUCUGUUGAUCAUGGAUGCAUCAUAUAAGCUCGUCGUCCCGGAGCAAUACGACCGAGUCAUUUCCGCUGAGCUCCCGGACAAGCAUAAGUAUCCAGAACUCUAUGCCUUGGUGGUCAAACAUAUGAUGCAUGGUCCAUGCGGUGCUCUCAACCCCAAUAAUGUGUGCAUGCAACAAAACAAGUGCAAGUGCAGAUACCCUCGGGCAUUCAAUGAAAACACGACACAGGGCAAGGACUCAUACCCAGUUUAUCGACGUAGAGACGACGGGCAUAGGGCUAAGGUCCGGGGUAAAAUGUUGGACAACAGGUGGGUAGUGCCUUAUAACCCUUACCUUUUGCGGAUGUUCAAUUGCCACAUCAACGUCGAGGUCUGCUCGAGCAUAAAGGCCGUCAAAUACCUCUACAAGUACAUAUACAAGGGCCACGAUAGGGCUUCUUUCAGCAUCGACCAGCCGGACGCCGAUGGAAUCAUUGAUGAGAUCAAAAGAUAUGUCGACGCGAGGUGGGUUACUCCUCCGGAGGCCAUGUGGAGAAUAUUUGGCUUCUCCUUAUGGGGGAACUCCCCGUCUGUCCUAUAGUUGCCUCUUCAUCUUCCGAAUAUGCACAGGGUGGCAUUCAAUGAGCAAGCUGACUUGACCAAUGUCGUCGCCUCUGAGAGUGCUUCAAAAUCCAUGUUGACGGAGUAUUUCAAGGCUAACCAAGACCACCCGUGGGCUAGGCAUAUAUUAUACAAGGAUUUUCCUGGGAGCUUCACAUGGCAGAGAACAAAGUAUUGGAAGCCACGGGUGGAACGUUAUCAAAUAGGGCGGAUCGUGUCUGCCAAUCCAGCCGAGGGGGAGCGAUACCAUCUGCGUGUAAUACUAAACCAUGUCGCGGGCAAGACAUCCUUCGAAGACAUGCUCACCGUGGAUGGCAUUCUAUGUGGUAGCUUUCGUGAGGCUGCAGAGAGGUUGGGACUCAUUGAGGCAGACAACACGCUUGACGAUUGUCUUACUGAGGUGGAGCAGUGGGCGAUGCCUUGUUCACUCAGGAGGCUUUUCGCAACAAUCUUGGUGCAUUGCGAGCCAGGCGAUGUGCGCGGUUUAUGGGAUAGGCACUUUGAGCCUAUGUGUGAUGACUAUCGUCGAGCACACAAGUGUACAAAUGAUGUGGAGAAGAUGGUGUUGUUGGAUAUUAGAGGUAUAUUGCAGUCCAUGGGGAAAGACAUUGUAGAUUUCGCUCUUCCGUGCAUCGACGAUGAGUUCGACCCAACCGGUGGCGAUGCAAGAGAGGUGAUUGAGGAGUCCACCGUCGAGUUUGAUGUGAACGACACAAAAUUGGCUUCGUCACUAAACUUGGAGCAGAGGGUUGCAUACGACGAGAUACUAGUAGCAGUUGACCGCAGUGAUGGAGGUGUAUUCUUUGUUGAUGGCCCAGGAGGUACAGGAAAGACCUUUUUGUACAGGGCGCUACUCGCCAAGGUUCGGAGCAAGGGCAACAUCGCUAUCGCUAUCGCGACUUCUGGCGUCGCCGCUUCUAUCAUGCCUGGAGGAAGGACUGCCCACUCGAGGUUCAAGAUCCCAUUGAGUUGCGAUGAUGGUGCCUCAUGCAGCUUCGCCAAGCAGAGUGGGACCGCAAAGCUACUAAGGAUGGCUUCGUUGAUACUAUGGGAUGAGGCCACCAUGACUAAGCGACAGGCGGUUGAGGCACUUGACAAUAGCAUGCGCGACAUCAUGGGAAGACGGGACCGACCCUUUGGAGGAAAGACAGUUGUUUUCGGCGGCGACUUCAGGCAGGUGCUGCCGGUCGUCACGAGGGGGUCCGGCGGUCAGAUAAUCGAUGCAACCCUUCGAAGUUCUCACCUCUGGAAGGGUAUGCGACAGCUAAGGCUCGUCACCAACAUGAGGGCUCAUAAUGACACAUGGUUUGCGGAUUACUUGCUUAGGGUAGGCAAUGGCACCGAGGAAGCUGGCGAUCAUGGCAACAUACAGCUCCCUAAAGAUAUUUGUGUGCCCUCUACAGGCGAGAUGAACGACAUAGAGAAGUUGAUUGACCAUGUGUUUCCUAGUCUAGAUGAAAACAUGUCUGAUCCCAAUUACAUGACUUGUCGUGCAAUCCUCUCCACCACAAACGACAACGUUGACAAUAUAAACUUACGCAUGAUAGAUUGUUUUAAGGGUGAAGAAGUAAUAUACCAUAGCUUUGAUAGUGCAGAGGACGACCCGUAUGGCUACUACGCUCCUGAGUUCCUGAACGGAUUGACCCCCAACGGUCUUCCUCCACAUGCACUCAAAUUGAAGCUGAACUUCCCUGUCAAACUUUUGAGGAACAUUGAUCCGGCUAAUGGACUAUGUAAUGGCACGAGGCUUGUUGUUCGAGGUUUCGAGAGGAACGCCAUUGAUGCAGAAAUCAUGAUUGGACAACAUGCUGGUAGGAGGGUAUUCCUUCCUCGGAUACCCCUAUGCCCAUCUGACAACGACAUGUUUCCAUUCAAGUUCAAGAGGAAGCAAUUUCCUUUAAGGCUUAGCUUUGCUAUGACAAUUAACAAGGCGCAAGGACAGACUAUCCCGAUUGUCGGCGUGUACCUACCUAACCCAGUGUUCUCUCAUGGUCAACUUUAUGUCGCACUGUCUCGAGCCACCGCGAAGAGAAACAUAAAGAUCCUCAUUGAGAAGGAGAAGGACAAGGGAAAGAAACAGACCAAUAAAUCAAAUAAGCGAAAAAGACCCACGCUAUGCUUACAAAGGACGAUGAAGAAUAUCGUCUACAAGGAAGUCCUUACAAGCUGAAGUUUACACUUAUCGAACUUAAGUAUCUUGCUUGGGUAUCAUCAUGUGAAAGUGCUUAACAUGUUGUAGCCGUUGUGAAUGACAUGCACACCUAUCGUAUGUACCCCGUUUAUUACGCUCUUAAACUAAUGAUAAGGUAAAUUGUGUUUGCUUUGAAUUGUUAGUACCGUUGUUGUUGAUGGAAUGUGUUUUUGAUGGAUAUGUUUGCAUGUGAACAUUGUAUUCCAUGCCAUAUAAUCAGAAACACCACUAUGUGAAUGUCUUGUGCAAUAAGAGGACUACGUGAAGAUGAAAGAAUUGAUGUUACUCUACUGAGAAGAUGCCGACAUUACAUUAACCCACACGGAACUUGACAUUUCGUCGCGUCCAGAUGGAGCAUAUAUACCAGAAUUGUUGGACCAUUCGUGCAAUGGUCCAAUGGAAGGCACAAAUCAAAGAGAAUUCCAUGGGAAACAUAUACCUUCAAUGCAUACUACUGGAUCAGGAAGGGACAAAAAUGGAAGCCAUUGCGUUCAACAAUCAAGUUGUUCGUUUCAACACCAUUCUUCAAACCGGCAUGUCCUAUGAAUUCACUCGUGUAGGAUUUAACCCCACUGAAAUGGCAGUUGUACAUUUCUUGUAUCUAGACAUGGAGUUUAUCAUGACACUAGAUAGUAGGACUGUGGUUAUGAUUUCGGCGCACAGGAUAUCAACGACAAUUUGUCCAUUGUGUUUCCCACAAUUUGGGGCCAUCUACUCACUACAAGACAAACGCAUAACUGGUGCAUUUUUUAUCUUUGUUCUUGCAUAUUUUGUUAUAGAACUCAGGGUCUCAUUCUGAUUAAAUCUUCGCAGAUGUUAUUGCUAUUGUUGCCUAUGUUAGUAAGAUACAAACUCUAUGGGAUCCAAUAUAUGAUAGACAUGUCCCUUUGCUCGAAA